UUUCCGCUUUCUGUUCCGUCCUCAUAUUUCUUAGUGUUGUCUCAGGAGUUAUGAUGGCAUAUAAGUCUUCUGCGUGUUCUUUUAAAAAUCGAAAUUCGCAAAUUAUGUAGGUGGCUAAAUUAAUGGGUAUUUCUGAGCUGUAAAACAUGUAGCCGAUGUCGGGACUAUUUCCCACGUUUGUUCACUUUUAUUUUUGAUUUUAUUUCAAAGGGGAUGGGUGCAAGCUAAAUAGAAAGGAUAUAGUCAUGUAUGUAACUGCAGAUUUUAAAACUGACAUGACAGUUAUUCUUUUCAAUUUCCUUGUCUUACUUUCUGAUACGUACACAGCCGAUAAGGUGUCCUGCCGCACACUACAUUUACUGACACUAUUAGGAAUGUGUGAAAUAUGUUAUGUGACAUUUAUAUUCGUCAUUUUUGGCAGACAUCCGGCCGGCAGAGGGCGGCAGAGGGCCACGCACGAUUGGCUACCGUAGAGCUUAAGCGCACCGUAGAAAAGUCUUUCCGCCGGUCGGAAGGGGACGCAGUCGCUCCGCUGCAGCUCAGUGCUUCGGCUUUCCUGUUCGUCGCCGUCGGCGCAGACCCGUAAUCAUGGGCGCCUUUGCGGUGCUGGCGGCUUUAUUCGUGUCGGUGUCCGUCGCCGAGGUGGGGGCGGCCUUCUCACAGUCCUUGGACAGCGACUUCACCUUCACCCUGCCCGCCGGCCGCAAGGAGUGCUUCUUCCAGACCAUGAGGAAGGACGCCUCCCUGGAGAUCGAGUACCAGGUGCUUGACGGGGCAGGCCUCGACGUGGACUUCUCCCUUUCUUCGCCCAGUGGACACGUGCUGGCCAGGGACCACAGGAAGUCGGACGGCGUUCACACGGUGGAGACGGACGACGGGGACUACAUGUUCUGUUUUGACAACACCUUCAGCACUGUCUCUGAGAAGAUCAUCUUCUUCGAGCUAAUCCUGGACAACAUGGAGGACGUGGAAGGCGACCAGGACUGGAAGGAAUACGUCCACGGGACGGACCUGCUGGACAUGAAGCUGGAGGACAUCAUGGACACCAUCAACAGCGUCAAAGCGCGGCUGGGGAAGAGCCUGCAGAUCCAGACGGUGCUGCGUGCGUUCGAGGCUCGCGACCGUAACCUGCAGGAGAGCAACUACGAGCGUGUCAACACCUGGUCCUGCGUCAACCUGCUGGUCAUGGUGCUGGUGUCCGGCCUGCAGGUGUACCUGCUGCGCAGCCUCUUCGACGACAAGCGCAAGAAUCGCACGUAGCAUCCACAUGCUUUGGGGGGGGGGGUGGCUGGAGUCUGACUUUACAUUUGGUCGGGGGGGGCCUACCCUCCUCAUCUCUGCACGGCCGACGGACCACACACACACUCUCGCGCACACACACACACACACACACGCUGUGAGGCACAUUCUUCCAAGCUCUGUCCAUCCAUCCACUCUUCUCUAAUGGCCUGAGGUCAGUGGGACAUCCUUUGCUUGUCACUCUAGAGUCUUUGUCUCCAGUUUCACACUGUUGAGUUGCUGGACGCGACACUCGUUAAAAUCCUUGGGACUGUUUGGCAUUCUUCCCAAUAUCCAGGUUCCCAAUCUAGGGGUUUUAAUUAGAUCUCCAUGCUGCUGACCUAACGGAGAUUGAGACCCAGGGCUUUAUUUUUAGUUGGAAAAUGAAUUACUUUUAUAUUAAUCUUAAUCUGUAAGAAAUAGGUCAUAUUUAAUGCUUUGUAUGUCUAUUUGACACUAACCCCUAAUAUGUUGACCAUGUGACUGUUUACAGGCCUCCAGGCUGUACUUGCUGUCACCCCACUGGUGACAGCAUCCUGUCCUUUAGUGAGACAGGAAGUGCGACCCCUAUAGUGUGCUGUCGUGUACUGCACAUAGCCUGCAACCAGAGCCUGCAGAGAUAAAUGCAGACUGGCUCUCUACUGAAUCUACGUCCGGAUAGGGGCGGAGAGGAAGUGAGAAGCAGCCAUUAGAUCCUCUGCAUGCAUCAUUUAUGGGCCGUAAGCGAUGACGGGCCUGGCGCUGCACUGACACACCUCUGCUUUCGCUCCUGAAGGGGGGGCACCGUGGAUCCGAGUUCCUGUGUUUCCAUCUAUAGUGCAGAAAGGCAUUCCUGUGUAGGAUGUGGAACCUGUAAGCAGGGGGCAGAACCGCAUUGUGGGUCUGCUAGUCAGUCUGCAUCCAGGCUGAAUGGGAUCUAGGGGCAAAUAAAAUGGUAGGCAGAUGCUUACUCAGCUCACUGCAGUAACAAAGGGAGUCCAGUAUAAAAUGCUGCAAAUUCUUGUGGGCAAAACGUAGAAAGAAAUGGUAGCAUUAAUUCACCCGAGCCAUUUCUGUGACCCAAACACGAUGGGGUCAGUGGCAGAGGGACCCCUUUCUGUUUGCUAAUAACUCAGGAUAAUGUUACAGUGCCGCUGAGCGUGAACCUUGGACUUAACAGGAGAUAGGAAUUGCUGCAGGUUUGGAGAAAGACUACUAAAAUCUGUCCCUGACGUCACAGCAGGCUAGGGGAUUGGGGUCCCAGCCUGACCUGAGAGGGGUUCAGCUAUAUAAAGGGAUGGUACCAUAGCACUGUAUGCUAAAUUAGCUCCUGGGCUGCGCAUUUCAUGCUAAGCAACGCCUUAAGUUACUAAUGUCAGGCAAGACUGUGGCACAUACAGCCAGGAGUCUGGGAAGAUGAGCACAACUUAGACCAAUCUUCAUGCUGCGCUUGUCUGCAUGCAACACGGAUCCCUGUGAGCAGAUGAAUAAACACACCUUAAGAGUCCAGCCUUUGUACUCACGGAUCUCUGUCAAAGGCCUGUUUAUGCAAGUGAAUCGAUGUUGAGCUCAAAAUGUGAACGGACUCGUUUCCCACGAGGGAGGCAGACUGCUGCGUCUUGGCCACCAGGGCGGCGACUCGCAAGCGGCUGCCCUGCGCGCGGCAUGAUCCUGCGCCCUGUCGCCGCUCUGUACCCCUCCGUCUAAGUGCCUCCAUUUUUACCGUCAGUAUUUGUAUUCGCUGGUUUUACUCGCACCUGCUUUAUAUUCAGGCAGACUGAGUGUAACGUGACUAAAGUCAAAUAAACGUUUAUCGUUCAUAUA